AGCUCCUCAUGUUGUUGCAGCACGGAACAGAUAUCAGGCUGAACUCGCUGACAUUGACAGGUCUCAUGUUAUAAAAGUGAAUAUUAGCUUUAAUCCGGAUUAUAUUUAUUACUAUAAUGAGAUAUUAAACCGCGUGAGGGUCAAAAUGUGGCAGCAGCUCCGCAGAGUACAGAGGAGUAAAACCGCUCGGUACGGGGUGCCAAUGCUGUUGCUGAUUGUGGGCGGUUCUUUCGGACUCAGAGAGUUUACACAGCUUCGAUACGAUGAUCAAAAGCUCAAGACAAAGCUGGUUCCUGAGCUGGCGGCCCGAGUGAACAUUGAGAAACAGUCUGUCAUUCUGGAGGAGGAGUAUGAGAAGAUGAAGAAGGUGGAUCUGGACAACUGGAAGAACAUCCGGGGGCCGAGGCCGUGGGAAAACUCCAAAGAGUUUCAGGAUCAGCAGCGAGAACAGAUCAGUAAACGGCAGCGAGGAGACUGACCACCCGAAACACCCGCUCAUCCUACACUAGAGUGUUUGUGUAUAUUCUGAACUAUAUUCUGUGUGUGUGUGUGUGUGUUUCUCCUUAGCUGCUCCUGAACACCCAGUGUGAUAACUGUUUCGAGUUUUUUUUUAUGUGAAUAAACGUAAAAUAUAAUAUAA